AUGCCUUUUCGGCUCUCCGUAUUUUCAGCUUAUGACAGCUUUGGCAGGAGGGAAUCCCACCGUAGGAACAGGAAUCCCGUACAGGCCCUGGAAACCCGAGGCUCCCAUCUUCCCACCAAGCCCACCCCAUGCCACGUCCACCCAGCGGAGCAGCAGCGCCCAGCAGCCCGCGCGGACGCGGGGCCCAGCGGCAGAGGGAGAUCGUUCCCCCACCCGCGCUGGGGUCUGAAGCCCCGCCCUGGGGCUCGGGCGUCCUCCGUGCCCGGCGCGCCCUCUGGUGGACGCAGGAGCCACAGGCGGCGCUUUCAGCCUGCGGAGCCUCCCGCCUCCUCCAGCAAGUGCGGGGAAGAGCUACCGCAGCCUCCCCACCCCCGCCCCUGA